AUGAUUAAGAUCAUGUUUCAACACGCGAAGAAACAUCCAGGGUUAAUCCCUCAAUUUUUCUUCCUGACUCUGGGCAUGACAGGGGCCACCCUCUAUCUGAUCCGUCUGGCAAGAGGACCUCAUGUCACCCUCUGGGACAAGAAGAACAACCCAGAGCCCUGGAACAAUCUCGACCCAACCUACCAGUACAAGUUUGUGGCCGUCAACACAGACUACAAGAACCUGAAGAAAGAUCGCCCUGACUUCUAAAGCUCCUCCAGGCAACUCCAGGGGCACCAAGUUUAACAUGACCUCCUGCUGUCACCUCAGUGAAGUGAAACGUCUUCCAUUUUCUGAG